AUGAAGAAAGCAACUUUGCUCCCCUUUACUGUGCUCGUUGCCUUAGUACUUUCACUUGAUUUUUCUGAAAGCGCUGGGGAUUUUUUUUCGAUCUUAGACCAAGAAACGGCAGAGUAUCUAACCAAAGAUGGCACAGUUAAACUUCAUCGAAGCAGUUCUGGUGCAGUUCCAGCGCCUAGGAAUAACAAGUAUUUGGAAGCAUCGAUGCAGAUCAUCAGGGGUAAGAUCGUACAAACUGAGAUAAGUUGUACACCUCUGCGAUUUGUAUGUCGUAACGAAUUUUUCAAACACUUUGUUCUCAGGUAAUAUAUUAUGUCUGCUGACUCUCAGGCUUGCAGAACGCUUUUUUUUUUCUGACGCCAGCUAAGUCUGCGAAUUAAUCGCUCGCGCCUUGAAGCGGAAAAUUUGUGGCACAAUAGCCUUCACUGACACAUUUCCACAUUGCCUCAAUGCAAGAAGAAGAGUUUAUAUGAAUUAUCAUAUUUUUUUGAAAUUUGCGAUCUCUUUUAAGAGAGCACUGGACACAAGGCUUAGUCUGAUUUCGGAAACUUUCGCAAAGUCUCCUGAGCGAUUGCGAGAAAUGACCUAAAACAGAAUUCGUCUCUUUAAACUCCCAUUUCCCCACGCGAAUAUGCUUGUUUAGAAAUGUUAGUUUAGUAAAAACUUCGACUUUAGGCUCGCGGGUUUUGUUGCUCUCAGGUCCUUGUCUCGCAUAAAACAUUUGCAAUUAAUGAGGACUGAGAAUAGUUUGUAAAAACAACAGAAUUUUAAUCAGCAGCGUGUAAAUGUAAUGUAAUUUUGUAAUUGCGUUAUUACACGACAGGAGUGCGUGGGUAGAUUCGGUCCAUGGGCACCAUGUAUUUCGAUCGUCACAAGCAGUAUAAAUGUUCGGAUUUUUUUUUUUUUUUUUCAUAUUGUUUUGAAAUUUCCGCUUAUCCGAUUUCGGAUUUUUCUCUUCCGCCAGGUAUGGCCGAGGCAAAGGUGACGACAAGAGGAAGAAGUAUGGAUUUGGAUUCUACCAUCAAGAAAGCUGUCAAGAACAAAGAGAUCCCAAAGGCACGACAGAUGAUAGGUCACCUGGUGAGAUGGUCAUUUUCAAAACAAUUCAGUCAUUUAAAACAAUCCAGUCGUGUUAUAGAAAAUGUUUUUGUUCACCGUGGUUCUAGAGAUAAAUGUGUAUUUAAUUGUGUUUCACGAUGCAAGAGUCAGACUAAUCAGUUGUGGUAAUCGCAACGUUUCGAUUGCUAGUCUUCGUCAGGCGACGAGGUCAAAAUUGUACAUGUCGCUCAUGACCGUGGUGUGUUAUGGCACGCUGUCAUUGUUGCAUUUCGUUCCUCAUAAUUAUUCCGACUAUAAGAUCCUGUUCCCAUCAUGCCCCGACUCGUCACUCCUGCUUUUUUCCUGCAUCGUUCAUUUCCGAAUUUGCUCAUUCUUGUUUGCGUUCAUUCCUGCAUGUUUGAGUUUCCUUGUGUUCUUUCUCCGCAAAUGUUAAUCCCUGUCUUUGUUCAUACCUGUGUGUGUUCAUGAUAGUAUAAAGUUAGCAAACAGUUUAUACGUAUCGCCAACGUUGAUGUGUGACGCAUGAAUUUUACAGAAAGGCGUGCGUAAUUCUUUAAUAUAUGAACCAGCGUGAGGCGUGAUUGGCUUCCUGAAAUAUACGUGACCCGUGAAUCUUUAAUUUCGGGAAAACCUUAAGAUUUCCCUGAAUCGUCGCAUACAUGUGGAGUGAUUUGAAGUUUCCCUUUACAUACGUGACGCAUGUUUUUUUUUCUAAAAAUUUGCGCAUGAAACGGGAUUAGGACAUUACUUUGCCACCCUCUAGGAAAUAUCCGUCAUUUCAUACGGUUCUUCAUUUGAUGACCCAUGAUCCAUGGAGUUGUCUACAUUAUACCGGCCUGAUUUUCAGCAUAAUAGUGAGGCAAAAAAAUCCAGCAUUAUGCUGGAAUAAAAAAUAAAAAAAAAAGAAUUUCAUAUACAUUUCUUUGAUUUGACUCUUUGCGUUUUAUAAAAAAAAUUGACAAAACCAUAAGAUUUUUCUAUGAGACACCAGUCCUUUUACCGCUUUGUUUAAACAUUUUUAAACCACGCUGGUGACAAAUAAUUAACCAGGUAUUGCAUUUCAAGAUUAGUCUUGGUUACAAAUUAGCAAAAAGAAAAACAUGGCUACCAGUACUUCAAGCAUUUCAGGAGUUCUUAUUCAAAUUAUAAUGGAGCAUAACAGUGAUGUGAUUUGAGCAUAAUUGUGACAUCUAAUUUCUAAGUAUAAAUAAUCAGCGUUACAUGAAGCAUCGAGAUUUAUCGUUCGAAAAUAUCCGUUAACCUAAAUUUUAAUUGUUUGUUGUUGUUGUUGUUGUUUCAAUCAAAACAGUUUGAGUGCCACUGUCCACCGGAGCAAGGAAAAUGCCGGAAAGGAGACCUGCCGCGCCACUGUAGAAAGAAGAACAAAUCGCAUGAAAAUGUUUUCAAAAAGCUUCGUAAAGUUUUAAGCAAAACAGAAUUUGACAUUCUGCUGGGAAUCACUGGCGAUGUAUCACUUGUUUUCGUCAUUGAUACAACAGGAAGUAUGGGUGACGAGAUUGAAGCCGCAAAGACAAUCGUUAAGGCUAUUGCAGCUCAUCCGAGGGAUUCUUCGGUAGAUUUUAUCCUGUCGCCAUUCAGUGAUCCAAGUAAGUGUACAGGUUUGAGGUGUGAAUAAACUAAAAUGAGGACUAAUUUGUCACACUUCUGCUGGCAGCGUCUAUAUAUCUAUUUGCAGUUGUAAUUACAACUGCAUCAAUUGCAGAGGGUAUGAUCAGACCUAGAAUCCCAUAGAAUCUCUUUGUCUUAUAUGAGUAACCCUUUAACUCCCAAGAUCUCAAUAGUAAUUCUCCUUACUGUCUGCCAUACAGUUCUUGUGAUGUUAGUUUGGAGAAUUUAGUAUUGGAUCAACUUAUAAUCCACUGACUGAUGUUUUUCUUUAUUCUCACACUUGUCUGCUUGAUAUUGUAUUCAUACUGUGAGGAGAAAUUCUGUCUUGGUCACUCAUGGGAGUUAAAGGAUUAAGAGGCGAAAGGUUGAUAAUGGUGACUUCAUCUACUUCAGCAUAAGAAAGAUCCAAUCAGAGAAGACGUGUAUAAUUUAGCUAAGUGUAUAACGGUUUUUGACCAAUCGGAGCACAAUCGUACUCACUUUAUGAUUUAACAGCGACCACCUUUAUACCCCCUAAUUUAUUUUGUGAAACCAAUUUUAUUUUAAACAGCCUGGGGAAACACACACAGAUUUUCUGAUGAACAGUCGUUCGUGCAAGCCCUGGACCAGCUGACGGCUAAGGGAGGUGGGGAUUGCCCUGAGUUAACUUUCAACGGGGUCAUCGACGCCAUAGAGAAUGGAGACCCCUAUGUCGGCUCGCCCAUGUUCGUAUUCACCGAUGCUGGCGCCAAAGACGGUGAGAGGCCUAAGUACACCCAGGAAAACUCUAUUGGCCUCGCCCUGCAGUACAUGAUACCUGUGAACUUCUUCUAUAGUACCGAAUCUGGGCGUUGUGGUUCCUUUCGCAACCACGACAGCCUCAUUGAUCUCAUGGACAGUACUGGAGGCUUUGGACUGCAGUUCAAUUCCUCCGGACAGAUAUCGAAGAUGGGUAGUGUUGUAUCUGCAGCUUUGGACGGUACAACAACUAUCGACGAGGGCCGAUCAAGCUUGGGAGAAGUACGAUCUUUACGUUCCUCUCCGCGUCGCAACUCCAAUAUAAAGAAGAGAUACACAAUUCCAGUUGACAACACUGUUGAAUCGUUAAUUGUUACAUACUUCGCCUCAGCUAGAGCCAAUCUGGUCGAGCUCCGCUCUCCUAAAGGGGUUGCUCAACCUCGAACGGAAAACCUUUCCCAGGGAGGGUUGUGGAUGAUCGAGAGCCCCACCUUAGGGAUGUGGGAGCUGUUUGUGCCAGCUGCGGUCGGGACGCAUUCUUUCAAGGUCAAAGCAACCAGCAGGCUGAACUUGGAAUUUGAUUUCUUCUUCCUUCUAAGAAAGAGGCUUGGAAGGCGGUGGUACGAGUAUCCAAUUGAUUACCCAUUAUUAAGUAAGUAACUUGCGGAACGUUUUGUUAAAUGGCGGUGUUAGUGAAUGCUGAAAUGAUGCACAGAGUUAAUCCGCCGACAUAGACCCUGCAAUGUGAUUUUGCCUAACUAAACUUGUAAUGACUUAAAAUUUGACAUAGAAAAAAUAUUACAAAUUCGCAAGCGUUUAGGACAGCUAGAGAACACUGAUAAACAGUUUUCUAUCCCUUGUUCCUAGUAAUACUGUUAUACGUAAGAGCACUAACUAACACGAGCAUAAAGUAAGCGAGGUAGGUCUUUGAGGCUGUGGGAAAACACGCCAUUAUUCAGUCAGGUAGUCAUUCAUUCAGUCAGUCACUAAAUAAAUUCAGUCAGUCAGUCAGUGCGUCAGGCAGGCUGACACUAACAGCCAGUCAGCCUGCAGGUCCUGCAGUCAGUCAGCCACGCAGGCCAUUUCGUUGGACAAUUCGUCAGAUAGUUUGGUCGUUAUACAAACGGUAAGACUAGCAGUUUGAGGUUGAGGCGAGCAGUAAAAGAAGCCAGGCAGAGAGGUAGACAAUCAAUCAGUUAGUCUGUUAGAAAAAAAAAAGAAAGCAGCUACACAUUCAGUCCGUCAAGUUGCACCAGCUGCACCGCUACGAAGGCAGGCAAGCGUCAAGGAGGUUAGUAAGUGGCGACAAUAUAUAUUUAUAAAUACAUACACGUAUCAUUCUUACAGCUUUACGUCACCUUAAAUUCCAGAUCAAAGGUCAACUCUAAGCCUGGUAAUUCCACUACAAAAACGCUUAAAACGUUCAUCCCUCCGAUUGUCCCUCGUCGAUGGAUCAGGACGCGUCAUUCAGAACGCCAACCUAGCCACACCUAGUCUGGUAGGUACAUUUGUUCCCCCUGCAGUGCCCUUCAAACUCAAGCUGUCUGGGACAACAAAGGCCGGUCGGCCUUUCCAAAGGAUCUCUCGUAAAUUCAUAAACGCAAAAAACGUUUUGCUUCAGCUGCGAAACACACAGCGGUAUGAUACUUUAGAGUGUGGCAAAACCUUACGACUCUAUUUUGUGAUCGACUACAGUGGCGCUGCAGGCGAGGUAUUUGAUGUCAUGGUAAACUCGACCCUGAAAGAUUCCAACACGUCGGCAAAAGCAACUGAAGUUAAGUACAGAAAGACGGUGCAGAAUGUUUGGACUGGUAAUAGAGUUUUCCUGACUGUACGUCUGAAGACACCUCUGGAUGUCGAGGAACAUAUUGGUAAGUGGGAUACUAUUCAAGUCACUGUGAAGAAGAAUCCCGUCACCAGUGAAGCUGAUGUUGCAUACUUCACCGAGCACUUCAAGAUAACAUGCUCCGAAGAAUUUGAACUUUGAUAGACAGGACGUAAAACGUUAGACAUUUUGUUUUGGCUCACUGGGAGUGCUCUUGUCAUCUUCUAAAACAGUCAAAGACAAACCUAAAAACCAAUCACAACUUGGCUAAUUGCGUUUUCUAGCCCUUAGGACAGUUUAACCGUAUUUACAUGCUUCUGUUUCAUGUCAAUGAUCCCUUUUUAAGGCUGUAGUGAUUGAUUUUGUUUUGGUUUCACGAUGCUUCGAUCAAAAUACGCUAAACUCAGGGUCUGAAUCAGUAUAAGUAGUUGCUACUGAAAUCGCCACGAGUUAGGGAGUUGGUAGAAUAAUAGGCACAGCUUAGGGGAAAUGAAAGCGUUUUUCUCAUGAAAGAUUUUGCAAUAUGCUCUCACUUGUUAGGAAAUUACAGGGACAUUUAUACGCUCUGUUAACGAAUUAUAUUUUUCCGUCUUUCAACCGGUAUCCGAAAUCGUAAUCAUGGAGAAAGGAACACUUGUAUAAUGAAGAGAUGUCAUGAAAUAUAUUUCGCUUUUUAGUGUGGAAAGUAAACGAAAUUUUUAUGAACAAUCUUUCAUAUGGUGCUUUAGAAACGUGAGAGGUGAUUGAAUCUUUAGUUAUCUUGGAAAAGCUAUCAGUAUUGAAAGAAUACAGAAUGAAAAUUCAUAAUAACAAGUUUCUAUCGUGGAGCUCCCUUCUGCUAAUAAAUCAACCUUCCAGCUGCGUGAAAAUGUAACAUUGACUUUCACUAGGCUCGAUUUCCACCGCUCUCUUGUGUCUUAUGGUCUUAUGUCCAGUCUUCGCUCCCCUGUCAUCAGAAGGGGGGAGAGGGGGAAGGGGGAGGCGCGCGGGCUCAUAUUCCCGAACAGCGCCUGGUAAUCAAGCCUAUAAUUUCAUGUGGUG